AUGAGCCAGCGACCUCUUCACCAUUAUGGCACCAAAAUCGUCUGUGGGGAGACGGUGAGUGGUAGUGAGGAUCCAACGACUAAGGAAAGGAAAAUGAGCCCAAAAAUUACUUAUGCAGUAGAUUACAAGGGACAACCUGUUGACAAGACGAAAACUGGAGGAUGGCUGUCUGCAGCUUCUAUCCUAAUUAUUGAGACGUGCGAGAGGUUCACAACAAUGGGAAUUGGAUCCAACCUAGUGACUUAUGUGGUUGGGAAGAUGCAUCUUCCUAAUGCAACUGCAGCCAACAUUGUAACAAACUUUUCUGGGGCAGUAUUUAUGUUAGGUUUGUUCGGAGGUUUUGUGGCAGAUACUUUCUUAGGCCGGUAUUGGACAAUUACCAUUUCUGCAGUCAUUGAAACACUGGGUGCUUUCCUCCUAGCAAUAUCCACUGUAGUGCCACGACUGCAACCACCCCCUUGCAGCGGAAGUAUAUGCAUAGAGGCUAAUGGAUUACAAGUUGGAGUCAUGAAUAUUGCUCUAUACAUAAUCGCAUUUGGAGUGGGUGGACUUAAAUCCAAUGUAUCAGGAUUUGGAACUGAUCAAUUCGAUGAGAAGGAUAAGAAGGAAAAAUCCAAGAUGGAUUAUUUUUUCAGUAGAUUUUAUUUUGUCAUCAACUUUGGAACUCUUCUGGGUGUCACAGUGGAAAUCUACAUACAAGACUAUGUCAGUCGAGCUUGGGGAUAUGGGAUUUGUUGUAUAGUAUUCUUUGUUGGAUUGAUGGGAUUUUUGUCAAGGACUAGAAAAUAUAGGUAUAGGAAAUGCAUGGGAAGCCCCAUUAUUCAAAUUCUCCAGGUUUUGGUGGCCUCUGUAUGGAAAAGGAAACUCAAAUGUCCUACCAUUGAUACCUUAUAUGAUGACUCCACUGAAGCUGCAAAAAUCCAUCACACAGACCAACUUUGUUGGUUGGACAAGGCUGCAAUCGUAAGCGAAAAAGAAAUUGGGGCUGAUGGAUUUUUUAUUCGAAAACCUUGGAAACUAUGUUCAGUCACAAAGGUAGAGGAGGUGAAAAUGAUGGUUAGACUAAUGCCAAUUUGGGCCUCCACAAUAUUUUUCUGGACCAUACAUGCGCAGUUGCUCACCUUCUCUGUGGUACAAGCUUCAACAAUGGAGAGAUCAAUCGGAAACUUUAAAAUCCCAGCAGGUUCAUUCAAUGUUUUCUUUAUUGCUGGCAUAUUGAUUUCUUCCGCUUUCUAUGAUCGUGUGAUCAUUCCCUUGAUGAAGAGGUGGACAGGGAAACAUGGUUUAACCAACCUGAAAAGAAUAGCCAUUGGCAUUGUCUUUUCAAUUGUGGCCAUGAUAGUUGCAGCAAUCGUGGAGACAAAACGGAUAUCCAUCGUUAGACCUAUGGGUGGCAAUGUCACAACUUUGCCCCUGAAUUUCCGCAUAUUGAUCCCGCAGUUCUUCCUUGUUGGUGUGGGAGAAGCAUUCAUGUACAGCGGUCAGCUUGAUUUCUUCAUAACCAGAGCUCCAAAAGGAAUGAAGUCGAUGAGCACGGGUCUUUUCCUCUCCACUGUGGGACUUGGGUUUUUUGUUAGUAGCUUCUUGGUAUCCAUAGUCAACAAGGUGACAGGAACACAUGUUGGCAGUGCAUGGCUAACUAGUAACAUAAACUAUGGGAAAUUACACUAUUUCUAUGCUCUUCUAGCUGUGUUAAGCUUCAUAAACUUGGUAUUCUAUCUUCUUUGUGCCAUAUGGUACACGAGGACAACCAAAAAAGAAAGCAUCGUUUCAAGUUUUAAAGAGGAAGAGAAACAUGCUAUGCAGAUGGAGGGCACCCCUACUGCUACUUCUGCAGAUGAAGAUUGCUAA